CUUCCACCCCUGCCUAGGGUGGGGGUCUCUGCCUUGGCACUGUUGACACGGGGGCUGAGCCACUGUUCAUUGUGGGGAUCUCUUGGCCAACGCAGGAUGUCGGGCAGUGUCCCUGGCCUGCCUGCACUCGAUGCUGCCCCUCCCCACAGUUAUGACAACAAAAAAUGUCCCCAGACGUUGCCACAUGUCCCCUGGAGAGCAAAAACCACACCCCGCUGAAAACAGCUGCCACACAGGGUCUCAUUAAAGGUGCGCAAGACAAACUGGGAACCAAGUCCGGACCCUUGCGGGCAGGUCUUGGCAAAAGUGACCCAGAGGGACGCGUUUUAGAGCUCGUCCUGCAUUCAGAGCUGCGUGUGCCUUGUCUCCAGGGGCUUGCUCUUCUCAGAACGCUCCGGGCAGCAGAGUGUGUCCUGGGCUUGUGGACCCGGCACGAGACAGCUGUGGCAAGUGUGGCCCCUCCACCCGCCGGCGCCGUGACUCCCCACUCUUGGUUCCCACCACCUUCGCUCUGAAGCCGUGUCUGCCCAGGUCACCGACAUGAAAAGAAAUGCAGACCGAGCCGCUCAGCUGAGUCCCAGCCCCAACCACGAGGCCUCGCGUUUGAGGGAGAAGCACGGGUUACUGCAAGUCCGCAAGAAAGGAGCCCGCGCCCUGCAGAGACGACAAGACCUUCCGCCGCGGAAGAGCCCGCAGCGCCUGGCCGAGGAGCUGGAGGCUGGGUGGCAGGAGGCCCCCAGCCAGCAAGUCCGGGGCCUGGAGCGGCCGCAUUGAACACAUCUGUCAGGUGCGGGGGCAGGACAGGCCAGGGAGCCCCUGCCUGACUCGGAGGGGCCGGCCCAGCAAGGAGCAGCCUGGCCGCAGAGGGCCAGGGAGAAGCACAGAGCAGCCGUCAGGGAAGAGAAGAGUCGCAGAGAAGAGCUAGUCGGACGGCAGCCUUGGCGCACCAAGUCCCAGAGGAAAGCGGUGGGCGUGGAGAAGCAGGGGGCUCCCAGAGCUGCUGGCCGGACCCGUCACCCCCUCUGCCCCCGUGAGAAGAAUAAGGGCAAGCGAGCGCCUUCGAUGAAGACCCGUGGUGGCCGCCAUCCCGCUGAGCCCCGGGAGGGCAGAGGGGUGCACAUAGAAGAGUUCUUGGCUGCUGCAGGGGAGCUCGAGCGUUGGGAGAAAGAGGGGAGAGAAGGAGCCCGGGAUGGGCGGAGGCAGCCGGGAAAGGGGGCGGCUCCUCCUGGUUAAGGCCCGGACCACAACUAUCCGGAUCAGAGUCCCAAGGGAAAAGCAGACCUAGAAGAGCUGUGGCCCAUUGGCUGGACCCCCGGGGUGAGGGGGAGGAGCGCGCCCCAGGCGUCUCCGUGCCGGCGCAGGGACAAGAGCAGGUGGCAGAGGGAGCUUGAGUUUGCCUUCCAGGAGCUGUUUAACAGAGAGCUGAAGACACACCUGAACUUGCACCUUGCAGCAGGGCCCGGGGUGGAUUGGAGCGCCAGGGAAGAGCUCGGCCUCUCCGAGGUGCAGGAGUGUAGAGGUGAGCCCCAGAGGGACAAGACAGCGGUGGGUGCAGAGGCGGACGUGCAGCCUGGCGGGGGGCCCACGUGCCCAGUGCAGGCAGACGCCCACCAGACCGAGCCCCAGACCAGCUUGAAGGAGUUCCUGAACAAGCUCAAGAACCAGAAAUAUCUCCGGUUGGCCACGUUCCCAUGUAAGACCAAGAGUGAACCAUUGUCUCCCAAGGCAAGAGUAUUUAUUGGUGAAGAGAACCGGCUCCUUGGCGGCACGGGCUCUGGACAAGCAGCAGCCAGACCGGACCCGCUGGUGGAGGGCCCCUGGGGGGGUUGGCAGGGACUGGGUGGGCAGCUGGAGCUGUGGCACCGGACGGGCCCCCCGGGGCUGAGCUGGGAAGCCCACUCCCAGGCCGGGCUGGAAGAGCAGAGAGAACAGAGAAGGGCGUGCCUGGCUCGCCUGAAGUCUUACUCCUCCCUAGACCAGGAGAAGGAAGGGGCAUGUGAGCACGGCACCACUUCCCUCUGGGCCCCCAGCUUCAUGGAUGAUGACAAGCACAGUCAGAUGAUCCGUGACCUUCAGCAGCAAACUGAAGAGCAAAACAAGUUGCACAAGCAAUUUCUUGAAGAAGCCAGGAAACACUUGCAAGAGUUUCAGAGGAUAUGAUAAGAGCGAG